AUGUCCGAGACUCCCCCGCUGCCACCUGCAUUCGGUCCGCCAGUAACAUCGGGCUUCGGCAGCCCCAAUGGCGGCAACUGCAGAACCAUAGUUGGGCAAGCCACGGCUCGGUUGCUCGAAUGUUUGGCACACUCCGCCAUGUCUGAUGCCGACAAGGCGUCAUCUCUCUUCAGUCGCUGUGGCUGCUUCAACUCGUUGAAAGAAUCCACACAGGACUGCGAGCAGACACUGAGGAUAGAGAAAGGAGCAGUGCUGCGAGGCGUCUUCGCUGCUGAGAUGGAUGGCAACACAGAGGGGUACUGCAAGAGCUUGUGGUCCCAAUGGGAUUUUGAAGAAGAAGUUCACUGGUGGGAGUCUGGAACCCUUCACAUGUGUGUGUUUCUGGUUGUCGUGCUUUUGAUUGUGGUCUGCCUUUGGCUCUACCGCGAUGUGGUGAAAGAGAUCGUCGUCGAUCGUGAAGAAGCUGCAGAAGCUGCUGUACAGGACGUGAAGGUUGCACUCCACGAUGUGGCCGAUUCUUGCAGGAAGUUGGAAGAAGAUCUUCCUUUGCCUUUGCUUCACCGUGAUGGCAAAUCUCCAAACUCGAAGCACAAGGUUCCCCCUUCCGAUGACGCCGCGUACUGCUAG